AUGCAGUUCCUCACGCUCCUCUCCCUCGCCACCUCCGUCGCCGCCGUGAUGAUCAACACGCCCUGCGGCAACAACUACGGGCAGGAAAUCUGCGCCGACGGCGGCGCUAGCAACCAGCGCGCGUACGUCGCCGUCUGCAACGACCAGCACGUGUGGGCGGUGCGCCAGGUCUGCGGCAAUCGCUUCUGCUGCAAGGAUAAGGACGGUGGCGGCGCAUACUGCGCCUGCUAA